UCAGUCGGGCCGAUCCCAAGAAAACACAGAUGUUGACCGGACUUCAGGAAAGACGCUUCACAUGCAAGGGAGAGGUGACGCGUCCCACGCCGGAGUGCACGCAUGGCCACUGGGAUCGCGCGUGGGCGGAGCUUCGCGCAGCAGGUUUGUGUGCGUCUCUCUGUCUGUAGCGGUGAGACAGAAGAUCACGGGAGCAAAUGAGAGCGGAGAGACGGACCGAAUACGCGACGGAGAACCGGAGAGUCUGAUUCGGGAAAUUACACGCGUGUUUUGGACAGAGACUUUUCACCGCUGAAGAUGUCAGACAACGGGGAAGUAGAAGACAAGCCGCCGGCUCCGCCCAUGAGGAACACCAGCACCAUGAUUGGCUCGUCCAGUAAAGAUUCAGGCCCGCUCAAUCACGGCUCCAAACCGCUGCCGCCCAACCCGGAGGACAAGAGGAGAAAAGAAGGUUUCAUCCGAUCCAUACUCACCGGAGGAGGAGACAAGACGAAUAAAAAGAAGGAACGUCCAGAGAUUUCUCUGCCCUCAGACUUUGAGCACACAAUCCACGUCGGAUUUGAUGCUGUCACGGGUGAAUUCACAGGAAUGCCAGAACAGUGGGCGCGCUUACUCCAGACGUCCAACAUCACCAAACUAGAACAGAAGAAGAAUCCCCAGGCCGUUCUCGAUGUCCUUAAAUUCUACGACUCUAAAGAAACAGCCAACAGUCAGAAAUACAUGAGCUUUACAGAUAAAAGUGCAGAUAACUGUAGCUCUUCAAAUGCAAUGAACUCCAAGACUGUUUCUGAGACCCCUGCGGUGGCGACCGUCUCUGAGGAUGAGGAUGAAGAUGAAGCCACGCCUCCACCCACGAUCGCUCCUCGCCCCGAGCACACCAAAUCUAUAUACACGCGCUCUGUCAUUGAACCUCUUCCUCCUCCUCUGUCCGCCAAAGAUGCUCCCACUUCACCCGUCACCAGCGCGGUCGCAGAGGGUGGCAGCCCCACCCCGACAUCCUCCACCACCGCCACCCCCCCUGCUCCCUCCACCCCACAAAACACAGAUAAGACACGCAAGAAAAAGAUGUCCGACGAGGAAAUACUGGAAAAACUGCGUAGUAUAGUCAGUGUGGGUGACCCAAAGAAGAAAUACACACGAUUUGAGAAGAUUGGCCAAGGAGCGUCUGGUACAGUAUACACAGCCAUAGACAUCGCCACAGGACAAGAGGUGGCCAUCAAACAGAUGAACCUUCAGCAACAGCCCAAGAAAGAGCUGAUCAUCAAUGAGAUUUUGGUCAUGAGGGAAAACAAGAACCCUAAUAUCGUGAAUUACCUGGACAGUUACCUGGUGGGGGAUGAGCUCUGGGUGGUGAUGGAGUAUCUGGCCGGAGGUUCUCUAACUGAUGUGGUCACGGAGACGUGUAUGGAUGAAGCACAGAUAGCGGCCGUCUGCCGGGAAUGUCUACAAGCCCUGGAGUUUCUGCACUCAAAUCAGGUCAUCCACAGAGACAUCAAGAGUGACAACAUUCUCCUGGGCAUGGACGGCUCCGUCAAACUCACUGAUUUUGGCUUCUGCGCUCAGAUCACACCUGAGCAGAGCAAGAGGAGCACAAUGGUCGGGACGCCGUACUGGAUGGCUCCGGAGGUCGUGACUCGCAAGGCCUACGGACCGAAAGUGGACAUCUGGUCGUUGGGUAUCAUGGCUAUCGAGAUGAUCGAGGGUGAACCACCGUACCUCAACGAAAACCCACUGAGGGCUCUUUAUCUCAUCGCCACCAAUGGAACCCCGGAGCUUCAAAACCCAGAGAAACUCUCCUCUGUGUUCAGAGACUUCUUAACCCGCUGUCUGGAGAUGGACGUAGAGAAGAGAGGUUCUGCUAAAGAUCUUUUACAGCAUCAGUUCCUGAAAGUGGCGAAGCCUCUGUCCAGUCUCACACCGUUGAUUAUAGCAGCUAAAGAAGCGGCCAAGAACAACCGCUAGUCCCCCGGGAAGGGCCCCGGCCUCACCUCUCCUCUGUCCCAAACCCCCAGAGCGCCCCAUCAUCUGUAUCUCUCUCUUGUCCCGGUCAGGGGCUCUUGUGGUGAGGUGUUACCCAACACUCGCCCUUUACAUCUACUGUUAGGGUCAGAGGGGGUCUGCGGUCACCGCUGUGGUCACAGAGGUCACUAAAACGACCCGAAUGAUGACAUCACUGGAAAUAGAGUACUAAUGGGUCACAGUGCCUCAGGCCCAAAGGAUUCUGGGGGAUUUGCCCCUUUAUUUUCACCAGAGAGAGAGAGGGAUGGUCUCUUUCUCUGGAUCUCUCUGUUUGUUUAAUUUUUGGAAUUCGUUUGUUUUUGUGUUUAAUGUUGGAUCAUGAAAGUGAUGUUUUCUUUUUUCGUCAUUUUACAACUUUUUUAAGAUGUUUUCUGUGCGUUUUUGUGUGUGAGAGAGUGUGUGUGUGUGUUCACAUUGGGUUAUAGAUUAACUGAGAUUGUAUGGUACGUUUGCACUGCGAUCAUAUCGAAUUAAAAAAGUCACAAACUGUGGAGAGUAAAUCUGGGACGGAACGGAUUCACAUUAUUAAUAUUGAAAAUCAAUGAGCUGAUGAAGGUUCUCUACGAAGGAUGCCUGUGCAUGAAGAGACUGAACAUUUUACCCUCCCGUGACCCCUCAACAGAUUAAAAAUACAAAAUCAAACCGUGUUCGUCGCAUAAAGAUCUUUUGUGUCUAAUAUUAAAGUUAAAGAAAUGGGAAAGUAAACAUUUUCGUUGCAUUAAUGUAACCUUUGGCCUUAAACCUUGACACGGAUGGUACAAUGAUUUUUAAAGAUGGCACAAGCGUUCGUGAUGCAAUCUGUUAUUAUUUUGAUUCUCCCAGAGGACUAAAGGGAUUUGUGAAGACGAUUACAUUUCCUGUAAACAAUCACAAUCUAUCUAUGCGAGCCAUAAACUGUUUAUAAGGCCUUUUGAUGAUCAAAAAUCUCCAUGAAACGGGACAAAUAAACUUCAGAAUUAGUCAAAGUGUCGUGUUGACUUUUUUGUAAGCGUCAGCUUCUUAAGUACUCUUAAGCUUGAUAUAAAAUAUCCUGUAGCUUAGUAUAACUAGAAAGAUGUUUAUCAUAACAAAAAAUUACCAAACACACAAAAAAAUGUUGUUUAAUGUCUGCACAGCACAAACAUUGUACUCAAGAUAGAUUUGCUUUGGUUUAUUUUAUAUAACUCUGGUAACAUACGGUAGAUGAACACAGGGGUGCUGUAAUAAAAUACUUGCAAUGACUGUAAGCUCCAAAAAAACUUCUUAAAUGGUUUAGUUAGGUGGCGACUCUUAUCUUGUGCAGUUAGACAUGGGCUGGUUAACCAUUCCAAGGUAUACCGUGUCUUUAAAGAGUCAAGCUUUCAAAACCACGAAAACCGUCCCUGAUACCGUUUCUAAGGUAAGAGCGAUGUUAACAAAUAAAAUCAUUAAGUCCUGUAAUUGAUUUGAUGUUUAUGUUUAAAGGAGUCAAAUGACAUGGCUGAAACGUAUAUUAUGGUUUGUUUUAGAUGUAAUGUAAUGUGUAAACAUGAUUUACGGUUAAAAACUCUGUAUUUUCCACAUACCGUGCAUGAUUGUAUCUCCUCUUUGCUCCUCCUCUCUGAAACGUGCAGAUUUUUUAUGGAGCUCGUGGCUCUGAAAAGCGAGGUGUCCUCUGAUUGGCCAGUUCACCGGUGUGUAGUGAUUGGUGGAAACCUGCAAGCGUGUGAAGGAAAUUUAACGCCCCUUACCAUAUUUGGAACAUCAGGUUCCUCUUCAAUUGUGCUGACAGGUACACCACCUUACCUGUGUAUACAUUUGGGCGGUCUUAGUCAAAUCAGACCACCAACUGAUGUACAUUUGUGGGGGUGUGGUUACAUGAGGUGUUUCAUUCACUUUUAGAUUGAAUGCAUCUUUUGUUCUCACACUUUCAUUUUUUUGCAAUUUUAUAUGUCUAAUACAUGCAUGGGCAACUAAUAACACACCAAAGACACAGAAAAACACAUGUUUGAGCCAUAUGACCCCUUUAAUAUAUUUUACAAAAUACUGUUUUAUUGAA